CUGCGAAAUAUCUUUCUCCCAUGCCUAUCAAUCGCUAUCGCUAUCCUACCCUCCAUCUCACCCUCCAUCCAUCCACCCCCAUUCACCCUCCCCAUUGCAAAACACAAUCCAGAGUAGAAAUUACCUACACCUACACCCACUUCCACCCCCUUACACUACACUACACUACACUACACCCACGCUCCCAACCAAGUCAAACCAAGCCAAACCUAUAAAAGAAACCCCCCACCCCAACCCGUAAAAACGCCAGAAAAUGCAAAAAAAGCAGUAUUAAAAGCCAUCCCCCCCUCCCAAACCUACAAAAACGGGGGGGGGUUAUCGAAAAAAGCGCCGCACGCUCAACUCGCUUCGCUCAGUGUGUAUAAACCCGCCUCUCUUCUUCCCCAUUCAAACAAAACGCA